AUGGUCUGCAUGAUUGUGUGUACUAGGUUUCUGGUUGCAUUUGCUGAUAUAGUCUCAUCUUAUGUUAUACUGAAGAAGAAAAGGAUAAAUAUGUGUGACCAUCUAUAUACUUGUGCAGGCUUAAAAUUAGGGAAAUUCUCUAAGCCAAUAAUCCGUCAAAUUCAUGCUCUAAUAGGUAAAGUAGAGGGGUUGGGUCUGUUUGGUUUUCCUUCUGGAUCAAAACCUGUUGAUCAAGGCUCUUUGACCAUCUCAAGUCUGCAUCUCACUAUGAUUCCUUUUACAAAGAUGAGUUUCUUCACUGAUAAGAAGGAGGUUAAGAGAUCUUGGACUGCCUUGGGAUAUAUAGCACACGCUGUUUCACUCAUUGCUUCUUAUUUACAAGUUCCUUUGCGUUACCCUUUACGGCUAGGAGGUUCUCGAUCAUAUAUACGUGAUUAUGCACCUGCAAUUGAUCAUUCAAUGUCCAGUUCAGACUCUUAUUCAGUAAGUUUGACAAGUUUGAAGUCGGUAGAAUUCCCUCUCUUUAUAGAAGGGCAAGACUUCACAAGAGCAGCCUAUGCUAUGUUCUUGUUAAAUAAGGAUUUAGAGCAGCUCCUGAAUUUUAUUGGAGUGAAGAGCUCAGGGCCACGCUAUGUUCUUGCUAAUUUGAAGGAGCUUUUGAGGACCAUCCUUUCUUCAGAAUAUAUAGAGAUGUAAGUUUGAAAUGUUAGAAUUGAUUGUUAGUUUUUGUAAAUGGACUGAUUGUAUUCUAAUUUCUUAUAGAGGUGCCAAUUUUUAAGAAGCACCUUGGCAUAAAUCUUGGUCCAUUUGUUGGAUAAUUCAAAUCAUGGUUGAUAAGAAUCAUCCAAUUUUGAUUUUCUUUU